AUGUCUGACACUCAAAACAAGGAAAUCAUUGCCCUCAUUGGAUUGGGCACAAUUGGCCUCUCAUUCGCCGCACUGCAUCUACGCUAUUCAAAUGCCAACCUCAGACUGUACGACGUCCGCAGUGACUUGAAGGAACAUAUCGAAAGCCUGCUACCGGUGUAUCUUGAGUCAACAAAGAAAGAAAAUUCACAGAACGAUCUUACAGUCGAGAAACUCGUUGCCGACGGUCGACUGCUUGUAUGCUCUUCAAUCGAAGAAGUUUGCUCUGGAGCAACAAUUGUCCAAGAGCAAGGACCUGAUAGUGUUGAUUUCAAAAAGUCGAACUGGGCUCAAGUCAUCAAAUACGCACCCUCAAAUGCUCACUUGUGGAGCUCCACGUCUGGGAUAAGUGCAUCGAGACAGGUGGAGGAUCUAGAGAACAAGACCAGAGUCCUCGUGGUUCAUCCUUUCAAUCCGCCUCAUAUAAUGCCAUUGAUUGAAGUCGUCCCUUCACCUCAUACAGACCCAGAACGAACUCAGUUCGCCAUCGAUUACUUCAAAAAUCUCGGCUCCGGCCAUCGCCCCGUUAGGAUCAACAAAGAGACCCAAGGCUUCGUCGGAAACCGUCUAGCUUUUGCCUUAUUCCGCGAAGCUUGCCAUCUAGUCUCAAACGACGUUGUAUCAGUCGAAGACCUUGACACUAUCGUUGAGGCCAGCAUAGCGCCGCGCUGGGCAGUAGCUGGGCCAUUCAAGACAUACAACAGUGCUGGUGGAACUGGAGGAAUCGGAGCGUUUCUUCAUAAUCUGGCCGAUACCAUGGAAGCUUGCUGGGAUGACGCAGGUGAUAUUAGUCUCAAGGGGACGUCUGCGACUAAAGCUAGCCAAGGAACUGAUGAUGGGGACUGGACGGAUAAGAUCACGAAGGAAACGGAACAGGCUUAUGGGCGACCAACGGCAGAAUCACUGGCACAGCGUGAUCGGAACUUGCAGAAGGUCAUAUCAGCUCAACCAAAAGUAGAUUAG